AUGAGUAAAGUAUCAUCAUCCACAAUUUCUCUAGCAUCACUUCUCCCAUUGGAUGUGCUCCGAAUUAUAUUCAAUUAUAUAAGAAAGGCCGGCAAGGAUCCCGAUAAGUAUGAUCGGGAUACCCGUAGGUACCUGCACGCUUGUUUGUUGGUUAAUAGGCAAUGGUGCCAGGCCGCAGUACCUAUACUGUGGCGGAAUAGUUUUUACUUUUGUAGAGAUGGAAACGCGAAAUUAAUAGAAACCUAUAUCUCAUGUUUCAAUUCUGCCGAGCGACAUGCCCUACUCUCGGCGGGUGUAAUGCUUCCCAAAUCACAAUAUCCAAAUCCGGCAUUUCCGUAUGCAGCAAUGCUUAAACGAUUAGAUUAUGAUAGAUUCUGUAAUUCCGUUGAAAUAUGGUGUACAGAAACGGAUCAAGAACCUUAUAAUGCUAUAGUGUUGAUGAUGCGUGCACUGUUUCGUUUAUUUUUGACGAGAUCGGUGAUAUUAUUGCAUUUGGUAUUAGGUGAAUGGGUGGAUCGGACUUCUACGGAUUGGAAGUAUAGGAGGAUAAUUGAAGAAGAGUUUCAGGAUUUGUUACAGUCGGUGAAAAAAUUGAAGGUUCAGGGGGACUUUGUAAAGGAUUGUAUUCUUAAAGGGUUGCGUCAUCCUUGCAAGAAUUUGGACAAAUUGUUCGUCUACUUAGCAAACACACCUCAGAACUACAGCUAUAACGACGAACUAGUUUCACUGCAAGAACUAGUGAAGUCCCAGAGUCACCUCAAAUCGUUAAAACUCGGAAACAUACAUCCGGCCUCAUUAUUCCCCACCCUUUCAAGCCAGUCAACCUCAUUGACUAGCAUCCAUUUAUGGGGGUGUACAUUCGACAGCGAGGUCCCGUGGUCAAAUAUAGUCCAAUGCAUAAAUCUUGAGAAAUUAAAGUUUCGAGAUUGUACGGGCAUAAAUGAACAAAUGACUGAAGCAUUAACCACAGCAGUGUUUCCAAAAUUAAAAUUGUUGGCCAUGGUGGGAGAAUGCAAAAACUCAUGCGGAGAAUAUGUUACCAAGGAAUGUUGUGACGUGUUGAUUGAGUGGGGGAUUGAGCAAGGUGCAUUAGUGGCAAUUGGAAUUUGGGAUUUUGCUGAUGCAUGGGUGAAAUUUGGAAAGGACACUUACGCAUUUCAAUUUCGGUGGCCUUAUGCAGGUCAAUUUCGUAACAUAUAUCGACAAUUUUUGAAAGCCUUGGAAAAAAAGGUCGAUGAAGUUUAA